CGCGACGCGCGCGACCAGCGUACUCUCUGUGUCGUAUCGAUCGGUUGUCUCGCGAUCAACGAACCAAACCGGAGCCACGAGAUGAGCGUGCGUAAACCGAGAAGGGACUCGGACGUCCUGUUGGCGAAGUUCGGUCACAAGGAGUUCCUCUUCAAGUUCCUCGUGAUCGGUGAUUAUGGCGUCGGGAAAACUGCGCUCGUCAGGAGAUACACGGAAGGAAGGUUCACGUCAAAUUACAAGAUUACCAUAGGGGCUGAUUUCGCUAUAAAAGCGCUCGAUUGGGAUCCUCACACUAAAAUAAACUUGCAAUUAUGGGACGUCGCCGGCCAUGAGAGAUUCGGAUACAUGACCAGAGUCUAUUACAAAUAUGCAGUGGCCGCAGCUUUGGUUUUCGACAUUUCACGUGUAGCGACGUUCCAGUCGAUUAAAAAAUGGCUGUCCGAUCUGAGGGAGAAGGUCACGCUACCGGAUGGUAGAAAUAUACCCGUGGUUCUUUUAGCAAACAAGUGUGAUAUCCCUUGCCCUGUGGUCCCAGCCGAGCAAAUCGCCAAAUUUUGCAAAGAGAACGAUAUAGGUGCCUGGUACAUAACUUCUGCGAAAGAAAAUACGAAUAUCGACGUGGCGAUGCGUUAUUUAGUGGAGAACGUACUGAAAUCGAAAAUCGAAGGCGGAGUGCGCGAUUCCGUCAGACUGCGAGACAGGCCUCCGAUUCGAGAGAAGAACGGAUGUUGCAAGUCAUGAUCAACGCAGAAGACUCGGAGUCACUUAUGGUACCAUCACGAUCGCCCCGAAACAAUUAUUUUCUUUUAUAAAAAAAUCCAAUCGAAGAAUUAAACAAUUUUAUACGAGAACGAUUACACGCCGCUGCUUCGUAAACGCGUAAUAGAAUGUAUUUUUACUGUAAAUUCGAUAAGCUGAAAAUAUUUAUUUCGAAACAGAAAAGUCAGGCGACUCGAAUGGUCUUGGAAGUGGUCAAUUAGCCUGUCUGGGAAUUUUUGUCGCCUGCAUUUUUGAUCUUAUCGACAACGAUUUCUAAAAAUAGAAUUGAAAAUUGUCUAGAAAUUUUGAAAAUACAGCGGCCUGAGCGAGUCAGGUUUUUGAUAACAGUAUUUGAGAGACAUAAAACAAUGAAAUAUACAAUAAAUCAGUUUUUUUAACGACCCAACUAAAACGAAAGAUGUAUGUAUUUAACGAGAUACAUAUGUACUUACUUGGGGUCAAAAUAAAAGGUAAAAGAUGUACGAUAAAAGGAAUAUUUAAUUUGUACUUCUUCGGUAACCUCUUUACAUGGCUCUCGUUAUUUGGAUUACGUGAAGAGAACGGCGAAUAAAUAUGAUUUUGUAAUAUUAAACUAACGAACGCAAUAGAAAUUUAUUAUUAGAUUUACUUUGUUUUUACAUUAUACCGAUGGAGACUGAUGUGCGCGUUUUAUUUACAAAUAUACUCGUGCGCAACCUUUGGCAGAAGUUCGACACUUGCUUCCGAGCAUCUCGAAGAUUAAAUACACGUUUAUUUUUUUAAUCUAUUUUCUCUUUACCACAUUUUUACUAACGUUUCUGUUGGUCAGUCGACAAAUAAUUUACUUUCUAUCAUACAAUACUAAAAAUUGCUUUGGUUACACUAUUACCUCGCUCAUUGACCGAACAUUUCCCUCGAUAAUUUAAUCCAAGUCGUGGUACUAUUGGUAGCCGAAGAAAAUAGUCCCAAAAGGAACGCGAAUCCUAUUUGUCAGAUUCUUACCCCCUCCACACAGUGCAUGCAACUGAUGGAUCUUUCUAGUUUUUAUGUUUUCUUAAAUACUCUUGUGUUACACUUCAAGACAGUAUUUUUCAACUUCUAAAAAUUCUCUAACUUCCCUCUGUAAUUGAAUAACGACUCGCGAUCAGUUAAAGAGGUAAUACUGUAUCGAACUCCAAUUACAUUACAGCCCUGCUGUAUCUUUCAGAGUUAACAACCAGAAAUUUAGAUUCCUUUGUAAACUAACUUCAGUUCACGUUGCAAAAGCCAAUUUACAAACGAUUCUAAAAUCUUUAUUCGUCACUCUGAGAUAAAAUUUGU